AUGCCACGGCUUAAAUAUGGAUCGAUACUUCGUGUGUUCGUUAUAUUGGGAUUACUAUGUCUCUGGGUACAGAUAAUGCUGUCCGCGUCUAGUAUGUCUAUGGAUAAAGAUGGCGAUCUAACCCAGCUUUUGGAAAAUGCUAACCCAAUAACUAUAGACUUUUAUGCAGAAGAGCUGAUGAAUUAUAAUGAUACAUCAGAACAAGUCCUGGCGCUGGUGCCUCCCGAGUUGCACAAGUAUCUCACUGUCCACUCCAAGAAUGUUAGUGUUAACGCGACAGACAGAACUACACCAAAGAAUACGUCGGAUAUACGCAGAGCAAUAGAAAUGGUGAACGAUGCACAGACCAUAUACAACGAAGACAUCUACGGUCCGGUCCAGAACGACACAAUCAUUAUCGCAAUACAGGUGCACACUCGUCUCACGUAUUUGAGACAUUUAAUUGUGUCCCUGGCGCAGGCGAAGGACAUAGACAGGACGUUGCUGGUCUUCUCCCACGACUACUUCGAUGAGGAGAUCAAUAGUUUAGUUAGGAGCAUAGAUUUUACUAAAGUAAUGCAAAUAUUCUACCCGUAUUCAAUACAAACGCAUCCAAACGAGUUUCCCGGGAUGGACCCGAACGACUGUCCCCGGGACGCCAAAUUGGAACAAGCUUUAAAACUCAAAUGCAACAACGCUCUUCACCCGGAUCUGCACGGCCACUACCGGGAAGCCAAGUACACGCAGACCAAGCACCACUGGUGGUGGAAAGCCAACAGGAUCUUCAAUCAACUACAGAGUACAUCUGGGCAUACUGGGAUGGUGGUUUUCCUGGAAGAAGACCACUAUGUAGCGGAAGACUUCAUCCACAUGCUAAACUUAUUGCGAAGCACGGCCGACAAAACUUGUCCACAAUGCGAGAUACUAUGUCUCGGGACUUACUUGAAGACUUACCAGUACCACAGCAACACGGAUAAGGUGGAAAUAACGCCCUGGCACUCCAGCAUGCAUAACAUGGGCAUGGUCUUCAAUAAGACGGUCUGGAACUCCAUAAUGGAACUGGAACAGGAGUUCUGCGCGUACGACGAUUACAACUGGGACUAUUCGUUGUUGCAUUUGUCGCAGAACCGACCUGGAAGGGAAAAGUUCAAAGUCAUCUUGUGCAAAGGACCGAGGGUCUUUCAUAUUGGUGAAUGCGGCAUCCAUCACAAGAAAUCGAACUGCAACGCGUCCACGGUUAUCAGCAAAGUGCAAAAGUUGCUGCAGAACGCGAAACAGUAUAUGUUCCCGUCACGAAUAAUGGCGACCAUAACAGCUGGUGGGGCGAAGCACAACAAGAAACUGACGAAGGGGAACGGCGGGUGGGGUGAUAUACGAGAUCAAGAAAUGUGCACAAACAUGACCAAAGUGGGACGGCAAAUGAGAAAAUAUUUCUACUUUACGUAA